AUGGCAUCCCAGGACUCCCAUUACAAGUUCAGAUGUGGUGUGAAACUUUACUAUCGCCACAGUCACUGGAGGAAGGUGGGCAAGGCAGAGCCGGCAGCAAAUGGCCUAGAAGAACACAGCAGCAGAGCUGGUAAUGUGAGGCGCAGCAAGGCCCAGCAGCAGGGCAGAGCAGAGCAGCCACAGGAGUCAUGCAGGCCCCCUAGGCAAUGUGAUGGAGCUGUGUGGCUAGCGUGGAGCCAGCCACGUGACAAUCCCCGGGAUGAGCAUUCUUGGAGGGAGCCACCAGACAAAGGCUCUGAGAGGUGUUUGAAAGGAAGGCGAGUGGGGGCUGGGUGUGCUAGCAAUUCCACCUUGUCUCCCAAGCUCCCUUACUCUUCCUCUCCUGGAGAUCACAGCACUGUCUCAACUUCCUCUUGCUCACCCAGCACUGACACCUCCUCCUCAGCCUCACCAGACACCGACCCCACCUCCUCAGGCUCACCAGACACCGACCCCACCUCCUCAGGCUCACCAGACACCGACCCCACCUCCUCAGGCUCACCAGACACCGACCCCACCUCCUCAGGCUCACCAGACACCGACCCCACCUCCUCAGGCUCACCAGACAGGGACCCUAACUUCUCAGGCUCAUCAGAUACUGACCCCACCUCCUCAGGCUCACCAGACACUGACCCCAUCUCCUCAGGCUCACUAGACACUGACCCCACCUCCUCAGCCUCCUCAGGCUCACCAGACACUGACCCCACCUCCUCAGCCUCCUCAGGCUCACCAGACACUGACCCUACCUCCUCAGGCUCACCAGACACUGACCCCAUCUCCUCAGGUUCACCAGACACUGACCCCACCGCUUCAGCCUCCUCAGGCUCACCAGACACCGACCCCACCUCCUCAGCCUCCUCAGGCUCACCAGACACCGACCCCACCUCCUCAGCCUCCUCAGGCUCACCAGACACUGACCCCACCUCCUCAGCCUCCUCAGGCUCACCAGACACUGACCCCACAGCCUCAGCCUCCUCAGGCUCACCAGACACCGACCCCACCUCCUCAGGCUCACCAGACACCGACCCCACCUCCUCAGGCUCACCAGACACCGAUCCCACCUCCUCAGGCUCACUAGACACCGACCCCACCUCCUCAGGCUCACCAGACACUGACCCCACUGCCUCAGCCUCCUCAGGUUCACUAGACACCGACCCCACCUCCUCAUCCGUCAGCAUUCAGCCUCCCUGCCCCUUUUGCACCUGUGGCUAGCACAUGGUACU